CGCGCAUGAGGAUGGUCCAGAAGGAAGAAGCGCUAUCUGGGCAGAUCCAUAAAUCAUGCCCGAAACACGACGGCCCUCGCAACGGACGCUUCGGUCAUCCUCCGCAGCACGCAUCGAGAAGGCCCCGCGCGCUGGCAGGUCGACGCGUCGCAGCCGUGGGAGCACUGUCCAACAAGCCGACAAUGAACAUUCCAAACCAAGGAGGGGAAAGGCCAAGUUGACUCCGUCUACUCCAUCCUUCCUUCAGCGAUCGCAGGCCGAUGCCGACGCGGAUCCCAACCGCCAGACGCUGCUUCUUCGCCUUCCCCGGGAGCUCAUCCGCGAAAUCGCCGGCUUGCUGCCGCCUGAAUCCCUCGUGUGCCUGACCCUGACGUGCAAAGAGGCUCUGCAUGUCCUGGGAACUUCGUCGUGGUCCAGGACUGAUGUCCGGCAGCGCUGGUACGAGUCGCCUGCAACGGGCAUCCAGCAUCGCCCGCUGCUGCUGAAAUUGCUCCUCCGCGAUGCCCCCGACGCGGACUUCUGUGCUCGGUGCAACACGCUGCACCCGCCGCUCCGGCCACCGCGUUGCUAUCGCCCGACCAGACUGACCAGGAACUGUUUCGGACCGGACAAUGCCAUUGACUACUGGCCGCAGGAUGCGUCGAAGGGCUACUGCCUCGUCUUGUCCCACGUCGAGCAGGUAUUUCUGGCGCCACACGAGGCCUCCCCGGGAGCAGUGAGUCCACCGAUCGAUCUCCUGUCGGGCGAUUGCAUCGCGCAGCGCGACCAUGUCCGUCAUACACUACAUAUGUCGGCACGGUGGAUCGACCGCUUCCUCAUCCUGCGACAGGAACAUCGCCUCUGCAGCACGGUCCACGGGACUCCCCUCCGCGCGAAGGACGUCCUCGCCCUGCCGUUUCGACUCUGUCCGCACCAGACGACCAGCGUUUCCCCUCCACCGACGUCCUACCACACCCGCGAUCACGUUGCCAAUGGCCCUGUCCUCACGCAUGCCGUUGCGACUGCCUUUCCGACGGCCAUGAGAACCGGCAUUCCCGCGGCCAGCACGUUCCGCAAACCGAAGCCCUCGGAGGCCCGGCAGAUGGCCGCAGCCAACCGUGGUGAUGGCGUACUAUGGCGGUGCACGAGCUGUCCGACGAAAUUCCGCGCGGUCUAUGCUUGCGAUGGCGCGGAGGGCGAGCUGGUGGUAACUGCGUGGCAAUGUUUUGGGAGGGAAUUGUACGAUGUUCCGAGCUUCUGGAGGAUGCUGGUGAGACGCGAGGGACCGAAUCUGGGGCCUAAGAAACGCAACAGCGAGUUCUACGCCUUGUCGCAGAGCAUGCCGGAUUUCCGAUGCGAGUAGUCUAUCUCCUAAUUUAAUUUUGUCGGACAUGCUGGUCGGACUACGGACGAUCCAAGUUACGUUCCAAGGAACUUCUAGAUCCCCUUCCUUGUUUUCCGCGCUGACUUGGUCGUUUAAAACAAAUGGCAUCAUCCGCAUCC